AUGCAAAUCUUGGAAGAAAUAGGAGAUUCUAGUGGAAUUCUAGCAAUUAGACUUGUUGCUAAUCGUUCACUUCACUGGAGUGAAAGGGUCUUAUGGUUUACUUUGAUAACUCUGUCAGUUUAUGCCGCAUACCUCAUAAGCUCUAAGCAAUUACGACGUUAUAGGAUCUCACCAACAGUAGUCUCAUUGGAUCGUGAUUAUCGUGGCUGGAAGGGAACAAUGCCAGCAGUGACACUUUGCUACUACGACCAUCUGGACUCGUACAAGGCUGACGAAUUUAUUCAAAACAAAUGGAAUAUAUCUAUUGCCGAUGAAGAGUACUUUUAUUUUGUGGAAUUUUUGUAUGCUAUUGUUAAUGCCACAGCAAAUAAUUAUGUCGAAUUGGCACGUUUUGCAACCGAUGAACGUUUUGAGGAUGUUGAUCUGAAUGAGGCACUGGCUGAGGUUUAUCGAUCUUUCGACCAGACUUUGACAAGCUUUAAUCCAUGGUUUAAGAUUCGUGUGAAUCCAAUAAUGACUGAGAGAGGGCGUUGUUAUGCUAUUAACUCACCAUUAUCUACUAUUCAAGCCGAACGGAGAGAACCCGGUUCAAAUGCUUCUUCUAUCAUAAGAGAUGAUGAAGUUGGAGAAUCUUACGAACCAUUGAUCUGUGAAUUUGGAAAACAAAAAUGUUUUAUCAAAAUGGAUAUAUCUGAAAGCACUGGAACUAUCGAUGUGCAUUCAGCUUUUGAAGUUUCUGGAAGUGAUGUCAAUGUUAUUGCUCUUCGGAAAUCAGAAGAAGUUAUUGCUACUUACAAGAUAUCGGAAACAGUGGCAAGUGAAAAACUUCGUGAUUUAACUCCUAAACAGAGAAAGUGUGUAUUUUUAGAUGAACACGUCGCACAAUUACCAAUUUACACCAAGUCACUGUGUCUUGCUCGAUGUAGAGCAGUUAUGGCUCUCGAGAUGUGUAACUGUGUGCCAUUCUUUUAUCCAUAUGUCGAAGGACCCAGUUGCAAUCCUGCUGGCUUUGAGUGUCUCUUGGACUUCAAGUGGCCUGUUUGGGCUCUUCAUAUUUGCAACUGUCCAAGCACUUGUACCGAGAUGCAAUAUACCAUUCAAUCGAUAAAACGAAGGUCAUGGGGAGCAAAAGAUGCAAAACAAGAAGGAGUUACGUCAACUUUUCGCUGGGAGGUAAGUCCGCCCAAGGUCCGAAUGCGAAGAGAUGUUGUAUUCAGUUUUGAAGAUUUGCUUGUGUCUUUUGGUGGAACCCUUGCACUUUUCUUAGGCUUCAGUGUCCUAUCAAUCGUUUACAUCGCAAACGUUCUUAUCUAUAACGGAUUUGAGGGCAUUUGGAGUAUAACUCGUUUGUUAUGGAAUCUCUGUAACAGACCACUUCAACAACUUGUUGCAAGAUAUAGAGCAAUAAACCAGGUGAAUACGAUUCGCAUGAGGGCACAAAAACUAAGAAAGCCCAAAGUUAAUCCAAAUAGAAACAAUUCAUCGAACGCCCUUUUCGAGUACUUGGAAUAGUGGAAUGGUAUUGAAGUCGGAGUGGGAGUGGAUAUAAAUUUGCACUUCACAAAAACACAGAAAUGAGAUUUAUAAUAAUAAUAUAAAUAUUUGCAUCCGUGGUUUUCCGUAUUUCUGGUUUAGCCUUGAUUGCGUGAUGAUAUUCAAUAGGGUUAAAUAAGUUGUGCGGAUGGAUAUCCAUGUACACAUCAAUAUUCAUCAUCAAAACACUUCACUUAUACUCUCUAAAGAGUCCAAAGAGUAAAAAUAUGUAGAUGCGGGAAGGUGUUUUUAUUUAUGUUUCUCUUACUCUUUAAAUUGCU